GGCCAUCCUUCCUUCUUUUCAUUUACUCAUUUUUACUUCAUUUCAUUCCAUUGGAAGUUCAAUUCGUUCUCUCGUUUCUGUACUCUUAUUUUAAUAUCUUUCAGAAACGUGGCAACUGUGCAUCCCAUUAAAAUCUUGACUGAUAUUCAAUAACUACCUGACUUUAUGAGUCGCUUCUCCAGUAUCGGCACGACCACUACAAUGUACAACAGUGGGUCUUCAUUCACGCACAGUUCUACACCCCACCCGAAAAGCGAUCUGAUCAUGGCUCCAAAACGUUCACUUCCUCCACCACCCCCUAUUCCUUCAUCAACAGCUACACCACCAAAACGACCAGUACCAUCUCUCCCUACAACAACUGAUGAUGAACGAUUACCCCAGGCUGCAGCUACGUCUCCAAAGCGAUCGCUGCCUCCACCACCAACGCCACCCACCAGUAGAGAGCACAGUAGCAUAGCACCGCCGCCCCGGUCAUUACCACGCCCGCUCUCUGUUGUCUCUCUUACCAAGCCCAAUCGACCUAUACCCUCUAUCCCAGCACCAUCUCAUACCCACAUCGAAAGCGAAGAUAAUGAGAAAACUCUCCAUGCUCCUACAACUCCUGAGACCCCAACCGGGAUUGCGCCAGUACCAUCGCCGCGUCGUCUCAGUAUUAUUGAAGGACUGGCCAAACCACCAAUCAUUCGUCCGUCAUCCAUGGUUUCUGUCAAUUCAAUCCGAACAUCUGAAAAACAUACCUCUUCUAUUUAUGAAGAAGACGAAGAGGAGCAUGGACCAGUGAAGGUGCAAGAGCAAGAGCAAGGGCCAAGGGAGGAUAACGCACCAAUGUCUCCGAUACAUUCAACGACUAUGCCUGCUGUACCUUGGUUAGCUGAACUGGAAAACAGGCGAGCUGGAUUGAAUUCUACUAAGAAACCGCCAGCCGAGCAUUCAAGUCAUAUCUCUUCAGAUUCUGCUCAAACACCUCUCGAAUCUUCGAAACGAGUCAUCUCCACUUCAAAAUCACCUCAAACCUUAGUAACGAAUGGAUAUCAGAAAAAUCUGGUCCCUGUGCCCUCAACACACGUUCAUUCACUAAAACACACAACACCCACAUCUCCAAAGCCAGUACCAGUAUCAAUAACCACGUCCUCCGUCACACAGACAACCGGUGUAGUUCUACCUAAACGCGCCGUGCCCCGAUCCCCAGUUACUCCAAGGUCGUCAGAGUCAACGCAGGGAGACAAACUAUCACCUAUUCCUAACCGGUCGGGAUCAAACAUUUUGAAGAAGAUUGAGGAGCUACAUCUAAAUGAAGAAUCACCUGCACCUCCACACCCACCCUUGCCACCUUCCAAACCACGAAGAUUACCCUGCAUUACUCCAGUUCGUGAUGAUCAGACAGCGGAGCGUGUGCAACAAACGCAGUUCAAGAUCGAGCCGCCUCUUCCUAUCCCAGCACCUAUACCACCAUCUCUUCCACAAAGGCGCCCAACUAUAUCACAAAAACCAACUCCUCCUCCCCCUCCUCCUCCACGCCCUACGCUGCCGCAACGUCCUGAAACACUGCAACACCCCGAACCUCUUCAACGUCCAGAACUGCCUCGGCGACCAGAGUUACCUCAGCGUCCCCCUCUACCAAAGCGCCCUGGACAGCAAAUGCAGCAGCAGCAGACUACGACACAUAGCCAUCAUUCAUCCUCACAGUCUUUCUCGAGCGUACAAACCUCAACAACCACAGUUAACGGGUUUUCCAGUCAUUUUUCACAAAAGGCUUCAGUAUCAUGCACGUCAUUGAUUGAGCUUCAGUCAGGCGAAGAUGCUGUCAGUGCACUCAAUCGAACUUCACCAAUGUUUACACCAGAAUUCAAUGGUGAGAGACUAGAUCUAAGCCUAGCAGAUUUUUCAGCGAUGGACGACCAUGCCAGGUCAUGUCCACGGUCCGAAGAGGAAAGCAUUGCUAGACUCUCUUACUAUUUGACAUCGCCCUUCCAAGGUGACCAAGUGGCACAACUGAGGACGAUCUUUACAUGGCUCGCUACUAAUAUUGAGUAUAACAUGAAGGGACUAUUAUCCGGUAACUUUGGCGAUAACUCUGCCGAGACCGUCCUCCGAACCAAGACUGGAGUCUGUGCAGGGUUUUCAAAUCUUUUCAUGGCUCUUGCGGCUCCGGCACAGUUGGGUGUGACACAGGUGACGGGUGUUGCUCGUGGAUAUGGGGUCGAGGUUGGAGGUGACUCGUUGGGUGCAGGACAUGCGUGGAAUGCGGUAACGAUUUCAGGAGAAUGCCUAUUAAUUGAUUCGACAUGGGGUGCAGGAGCAGAUGAUCCGACAACGGGAAUGAGCAAGAUGUUUAAACCACAGUACUUCCUGAUACGCCCAGAGUGGUUAAUCUAUAGUCAUUGGCCAAAUCAACCACAAGAUCAAUUUCUGAACCCACCUAUUCAUGUGGAUGUGUAUCGCGCGCUGCCUUUCCGAAUGAUAGAUUCAUGGACGCUGGGUAUUGUCCCAAUCGGAGUGAAUAGCACGCACACGGUGUAUACAGAUAAUGAUUACUUUGAGCUUGAAAUCUUGCUUGAGAAACAAGCAUGGAAUGGAGCAACUGCGUUCAUGGCAUCUCACCUGGACUGGAAGACUACAGGCGAAAGAAUCAAGGCAGCUCGUCACUGGACUCGUGAAGAUGAGAAGGGUAUCAUCAUGACAAUCAAAUGUAUUUGCCCCACACCAGGAUUCGGGACACUGAUGGUCUAUGGAAUGCCUGCGACUAGCACUGAAGGUCACUCAAUCAACGUUCUGCAGUACAAGAUCGUGAAUAAUGGUAGUGGGGCAAACGCAAUGCCCAUGAUGGAGACGUAUGAUGUACUGGGGUUUUCGUUUUCAAUCAUGGAGCCUAUUACAGCACGCGUUCAAAGUGGUGUUACACAGACCAUCCGCGUCAAGAUCUUUAAUGUACAGAAGGGAGAAACGGCGCCUAGGCCCGUAUUGGUGGGCGGGUUUAUGCCUGAUCCGAUGAAGGAGAUAGGACAAGGAUUGUAUGAGUUACAGAAGACACUGAGGCCUGGCGAAUACAAGAUUGGGUUCAUGAAGGGCAUCUCCAUGGGUCUCCUUGGUGUCUUCCAUGCAGUAUAGAGUUUUUUGUAUUAAGCUGC